GAAAGUGGUGAGGCGGGUCAGCGUGACCCAGCGCACCAACCUCUACCGCAAGGAGCACGCCAAGGAGGCCAUCGUCUGGCAACGGCGGCAGAGCGAGGGAGAACUGGAGGACGAGGACGGACCGGCCGACGGGCAGCUCCGAGUCCAGCAGGACCCGGGAGCGGAAGCCAGGGGCCCAGAGGAACCCAACGGCACCGUGCCCCCUCAUCGCUUCUACCCCAAGCGGCCAGACCGCGCCUCUUCCUACCAGACGGCUGCCCAGGAGGAGCCGGCCUCCGGCCUCAGCAAGGAGAAGGCCCACCACACCUUAGCGGACCUCAAGCGCCAGCGGGCCGCGGCCAAGCUGCAGCGCGCCCCCACGGAAGACCUCCCGCCCGGCACCCGCCCGGCUCACCCAGCCCCCCAGGCGGAGCCCAACGCCGGCGGGUGCUUCCCAGCGGCCAGCGGGGACCCUCCCCUCCUCAAGUUGACCGCUCCAGCCGAAGAGAGGCCGGCCCAGAAGAGGCCAUGCUGCCGGCUGAUGUGAGCAGUCCGCUCCUCUUGGGCCGGUGGAGCGGGUGAACGUGGCGGCCUCGGCUCCUGGUGAACCGAAGGUCCUUGGCCUCCAACGGUGCCUGGCGUGGAGAUCUCAGGGAGGGCGGAACGCCCCACUCAAGGGAGGAGCAGAGUUGGAAGGGGCCUCGGAGGUCAUCUAGGCCAACCCCCUGCUCAAGGACUGCCGACAAACAGCUGGGGUGUGUGUGUGUGUGUGUGUGUGCAGCUUGGUCUGGCGUCUGGGCACUGAGGCCCAGCAGGGCAGGGAUGCCCAGGUAGACAUCGGCUGGGGGUGCCAGGCAGAGAUACGGCAAGCCAGUUUGCCUGCCCCCCAUCGCCCGUUCUCUCUCC